UUUUCCCGCUCGUUUUUGUUGUGUCUGUAACUCCUCACCAUAAAUACGCCCAGCUGACUUCACUUGAAAGCCCACUUUUCUUUUGCCCUAGUUUUCAGCUCGAGCUAAGCUCGUGACCAUGGCAAAAAAGGCAGAGAGGAAUAAGAUAAUUGCCAUUACUGGAGCCUCUACCAUUUUGGCAGUGGCUCUUGGUUUCUUGGUUGCCCUAAAGGGUCACAAGAGGAAACGUCUCCACGGGUUUAUUCUUCAAGUCAACCUUUCUGCUUCUGAAAUUCUCAAGUUAGCUGAUCGCAUAAUUGCCAAGUCAAAACUUGUUCAUGACUCAGUGGCUUCGGUGCCUCUUGACAAAGUAAGUUAUGCGAAUGUGAUCUCGCCAUUAGCUGAACUUGAAGCAGAACAAUUUCCUCUGGUGCAAUCCUGUACCUUCCAGAAAAUGGUAUCUGCUUCAGAUGAUUUACGCCAAGCUAGUUCUGAAGCAGAGAGAAGAAUUGAUGUGCAUCUUCUGAUGUGCAGCCAGCGAGAGGAUGUAUACCGUGUUAUUAAGGCUUUAGCUGCUAAAGGUGAAUGGAUGAGCCCUGAAGCAAAGCGAUAUGUUCAAUGCAUGAUUAAGGACUUCGAGCGGAAUGGUGUGAACCUUAGUUUGGGCAAGAAGGAAGAACUUGAGCGCCUGAGAACAAUAAUAGAUGAAUUAAGUGCACGGUACAUAGAAAAUCUAAAUAGUGAUAACACUUCCCUUUUUUUCAAAGAGUCCGAGCUGGUUGGGGUGCCAUUGGAGUUUAUUAAGGGCCUAAGCAAAGCAGAUGAUGGGAGACUAAAGGUCACUCUUAAAAGUCAUCAUACAUUACCGGUUUUGGAAUAUUGUAAAGUAUGGAUCUCUAGAUACUUUGGAGCUACAAGAAGAACGGUGGCAAUUGCUCGUGGGAAGAAAUGCGGGGAGGAGAAUAUGCAAAUUCUAGAAAAACUUGUUCAAACGCGAAAUAAAAUAGCUCGUUUACUUGGAUAUUCCAACUAUGCUGAAUAUGCCCUUGAAACUAGAAUGGCAAGGACAUCAACAAAGGUCUAUGAAUUCCUGGAGAAUAUCUCUGUGAAUCUGACUGAGAUGGCGAAUAAAGAACUUACAAUGCUUAAUUCACUAAAGAAGAAAGAAGAAGGGGAAUCUCCUUUUGGACUUGAAGAUAUGUUGUACUACACGAGGAAAGCAGAAGAGAAAGAAUUCGAAAUUGACUAUGGAGAUGUUCAGCAAUACUUUCCUGUCAACUUGGUUAUAUCAGGGAUAUUCAAAAUAUUCCAAGAUCUGUUUGGUCUAAGAUUCGAGGAAGUUCAAGAGGCGGAGGUUUGGCACGAUGAUGUUCGCUUGCUUUCUGUGUUAGAUAUGAGUUCCAACAAGCAUAUGGGUUAUUUCUACCUUGACUUGUACUCCAGGGAAGGAAAAUAUGGUCGCACUUGUGUUUUGUCUCUUCAAAAUGGAUGCCUAUCCCUGAAUGGCACACGUCAGAUACCAAUUGCCUUAAUUAUUGCUCAAUUUCCCAAGCAAGUUGGUAAUAAAAAAGCACUUUUGAGAUUCUCUCAAGUGGUGAAUUUUUUUCACGAGUUCAGUCAUGUGGUACAUCAUAUUUGCAACCGUGCAUCAUUUGCAAAAUUUUCUGGGCUCCGGGUUGAAGCAGAUUUUAUAGAAGUUCCUGGAUUGUUACUGGAGAAAUGGUGUUACGAGAGCAUUUGUUUGAAAAUGAUAUCCGGUUAUCACCAGGAUAUCACGAAGCCACUUGUGGAUGAGAUGUGUAGAGCCCUAAAAAGAAAAAGGCAUUCAUUCUUUGGACUUAAAGUGAAGCAAGAAAUUCUUCUUUGCCUUUUUGAUCAGAUUAUACACUCCAAUGAGAAUGUUGACAUGACAGAGCUUCUCAAGCAUCUCCAUCCGAAGGUGUUGCUAGGAAUCCCCUUGUUAGGAGAAAUGAACCCAGCCUCAUGUUUUCCACGUCUUGUUGUUGGUUAUGAUGCGACUUGCUACAGUCACCUAUGGAGUGAGGUCAUUGCUUCCGACAUAUUUUCUUCGAAGUUUGAAGAUGAUCUUUUAAAUCAAUAUGAGGGCCUGCAGUUCAGAAACAAGAUAUUGGCUCUAGGAGGUGCCAAGGAUGCCAAGGAAAUUUUGUUGGGCUACCUGGGUAGAGAACCUUCCGUCCAAGCAUAUAUUGAUAGUAGACGAAAAAAUAGUUUGUGAUUCAAGGUCCAAAAAAUGCCUGCUGAGUUAAUUAUUUUACAGCAAUACAGUGAAAACAGGCAAGCAAACACCGUAAGUCAGCAUCUAGCUUUUCCAACCAUGAGAAUGCAAAUAUGUUAUAUAAUGAUCCCCUUUUGUGUUGUUAUUUAUUUAUGUAAUCUCAAUUUUAUACCAUGUAUAGGUUGGAGUGCAUAAGCUGAAUCCAACUAGUGUUUUAUAAAUCAGUCCACUCUUUAAUUUA